GCAUGCGCGUGUCGUGUUGAAUGCGAGAUAAGCUUGACUUCUGUUCUUCCUCCAAAUGUUAUGAAAUAAUAACUGAGUGCGGAGCUGCAGGUGAAGCUGACAUCGUGAGGCUCAGACGACAGACAUACAGAUCAUCAUUUCAUGAGCUCAUCUUCUGCGUAUUUGACCCCUUUCCAACAGUGAGCGUAUGAUUAUGAGAUCCAUCUUUUCACACGGAGGACAAUGAGAGACUCAAACACAACUAUUACAGGAGAUGAAAACAUUUACUGAUGCUCCAGAAAGAAAACACGAUGCAUUCUGGACAGAAUGACGAUGUGCACAUUCUUCUCAUUUUUGAUCAUAUUUUUUUCAUUUAGUACUGCCGUUCAGAAAUAGCCUACUCUUAAUGCAUCGUGUCGUUUUAACUGCUGUUUUUAUCACCAGUCAUUGCAGAUGAACAUGGUUGGAGAUCAAUACAUACACAAUUAUAUUCCAGCAUCAAACAGCUAUAAAAUCUUCUGACGAUGAAUUAAAAAAUUCAUCUCUGAGUUGUCUCCAUCAUGGAGGCGACAGGGAAAUAUGACUUCGCCGGCACAGCGGCGGACGAGCUGAGCUUCAGGAAGGGAGAUAUAAUCAAGAUUGUAGGCACCAAUGACGACUGGUUCAAAGCAGAAGUAAACGGCAUGGAAGGGUUCGUUCCACGGAAUUACAUCAACAUCAGUUUCCCAAGCUGGUAUCAGGAAAACACCAGCCGUCACUCAGCACAGGAAGAGCUGAUGUGUCAACCAAUCGGAUCCUUCGUCAUCCGAGGCUCCCAGAGUUCACCGGGAGAAUUCUCCAUUUCAGUCAGACAUGAGAACGACGUGCAGCACUUUAAAGUGAUGAGAGACCGGCAUGGUCAGUAUUACCUGUGGAGCGAGACCUUCAGCUCCCUCAACAGACUGGUGGAGUUCUACACACACAACUCCAUCUCCAAACAGAGCCGCGUCUUCCUGCUCACAGAGCAGCGGAAUACCUCUGAUUUCCUGCACAGGAAGUCUGCUGAACCCCCGCCCAUCUCUCAGGAGAGACACAAUUACAGAACACCAGCUCCAGCCUAUCUUCGCCCACCCGAACCCUCACCUCCACCACCACCACCACAGGCGUCUGCGCUGCAGGUUCGGGCCAUGUAUGACUUCACUGCGGAGGACGCAGAUGAGCUGAACUUUCACGCUGGAGAUAUUAUCGAGGUUUUAGAUCAGUCCGAUCGUUUCUGGUGGAAAGGUGUUCUGCGUGGGAGAACCGGACUCUUCCCCGUCAACUACACCAAUCCUGUUUGAGGAUCUGUGACACAGUCGUUUGGCUUAAAAUCCGUUUCACCUUCUGCUCUGUUGCAUAAUCAUGAUAUAUGCGUAAAUAUUACAUUAACAGCUCUGAAUUUAAGAAACACAUUUUCACCUUAUCAUGUGUACAGAACACACGGGCACACACACACAUGCACACACACACACACACACACACACUCUCCCACACACACACACACACUC